CCAACUCUCCCACCCGAUCUUACUUUCUUUUUUCCUCUCAAAGCGAAGGCCUAGUCUCUGUCUCUCUCGCCCUCGCUCUAAGUUUAGUAGUUUUCGUCCCUCCAAAACCCUAAGAGCUGAAGUCAUGUUGUCAGAUCCAUGAAAAUAAAGUAAUGUUCAGCUGAACCCAGAUUUUAGCUGCUGCUAAGAAGCUAGGGUAAUUUGCGGUGUUGGUAUAUGUGGCUAAGAAUGGGGCACUUCUAAUGAUUGAAUCUUCUCAGAGGAAUGAUUUUGAGGAGAGACACAUGGAUUGUGAGAAGUUGCACCUGAGUUGCCAAAAGGGUGGAGCAGACGAAAACCACCACAAUCAUAGUGAAAAUGGCCAAGUCCAUCCCCAUAAUGACACGGAUCAUGUGAAUGAAACAAAUGGAAACUUGCUGCCCGAAGGAAAUGGUGCUUCUCUUUGUCAUGAUGAGAACGGUUGGGAAGAGAAGUCACCAGGGAUAUCCGGCACAGAUACAGCAGAGGAGUCCAAUGGGGUCGUUGAACAUUAUACCGAAAAGCGGAAGCGACAGCGAGAUAGGGAUAUGACGUUUCAGGAUAUGUAUAACCUAAAUAUGGAUUUUACUGAUGAAGAUGAUGAUAGUGAUUGGGCGCCCUUUCAGAAUAAUGUAGCCAGCGAAAAGUGGUUUUGCGCUAAUUGUACAAUGGUGAACUGGUUUGAUGUUUUCUACUGUGAGGUCUGUGGGGAGCAUACCGACUCUGAUGUCCUUAGCUCCCUCUCUUCUUCGCGUGCGCAAGAAGCUGCUCAUAUCAAAGUCAAGUUACAAGAUUCUUCCAUACAGAAAUCAAGUUUGGAAACUCGCACCUUGGUUGGUUUUGAUGAACGAAUGCUGCUUCAUUCUGAGGUUGAGCUUAAGGCGCAUCCACAUCCUGAAAGACCUGAUCGUCUUCGGGCGAUAGCUGCCACCCUAGCUGCCGCUGGUAUUUUUCCAGGAAAAUGUUUUCCUAUUCCUGCUCGAGAGAUUACUGCGGAAGAGCUCCAGAUGGUCCACACUGCUGAGCAUAUUGGUGCUGUCGAUUUUACCGACUGCAUGGUAACUAGCUAUUUCACUCCAGAUACAUAUGCUAACGAGCAUUCAGCCUGUGCUGCUAGACUUGCGGCUGGGUUAUGUGCAGAUCUUUCUACAUCUAUUAUGGCUGGGCAUGCCAAGAACGGAUUUGCUCUGGUGAGACCUCCUGGGCAUCAUGCAGGUGUGAAAGACGCCAUGGGGUUCUGCCUCUACAAUAAUGCAGCAGUUGCUGCUCUUGCUGCUCAACGCGCAGGUGCUAAGAAAGUGCUAAUUCUUGAUUGGGAUGUUCAUCAUGGAAAUGGCACACAGGAAAUAUUCGAUGGUUGCAAAUCGGUGUUGUAUAUAUCCUUGCAUAGACACGAGGGAGGAAAGUUCUAUCCUGGUACUGGAGCGGCUGAUGAGGUUGGUGUUAACGGAGGUGAAGGAUAUUGUGUAAAUAUUCCUUGGAAGUGUGGUGGUGUUGGGGACUGUGAUUACAUUUUUGCGUUUAAGAAUAUUGUGCUUCCUAUAGCUUUAGAAUUUUCCCCUCAUUUGACAAUAAUAUCAGCAGGAUUUGAUGCUGCAAGGGGUGACCCCCUUGGCUGUUGUGAUGUAACUCCUGCUGGCUAUGAGCAGAUGACUCACAUGUUAACGUCUUUAUCUGGUGGAAAACUGCUUGUUAUUCUCGAGGGAGGCUAUAAUCUGCGGUCUAUAUCUAGUUCAGCUAAAGCAGUUAUAAAGGUACUGCUUGGUGGAAGUCCUGUCUAUGACGUGGAUAUCGAGCCCAGUAAAGCUGGCGUGCAAACUGUUCUAGAAGUCUUAGAAAUUCAAAAGAAAUUCUGGUCUACAUUGGGCUCCACUCUCACAAGAAUUCAGUCGCAAUGUCAACCAUAUCCUCUUCAAAACGGAAAGAGGGAAGCCAAAAAGAAAAGAAGGCUACUUGUUCCAUUAUGGUGGAAAUGGGGUCGAAAGAAGUUUUUCUAUAUUCUAUUGCGUCAACCAAGGUUUAAAGUGAAGAGACGGACAAAACAACCACCCAGAUCUUUCUCACUUUAGUCCCUCUUUUUCGUGAUAAUAUGUGCAUACUUACUCGUCACACCUAUCUCAUGUCUGUUUUUUGUACAAGAUGAAGCUGGUUAUAGUUUUUUUUCUUCUUUUUCCUUUUGAGAUGUUAGAACGAAUUCUAGUCAGUUCUUCUCAGUUUCAAAUGUCAUUUUUUGCUAGAAUACCAUGUAAUGGAUUAGGUAGUCUACUUGACCAGCUUCAGGAAUAUAUGCAUUUCAAUUUUAUUUAGUAUUCUUGGUUUUGUCAACGAAAUAUAAUGUGUUACAGAACCAUGCCAGAACUCCAUAUAAAUGAUAUAUCAAGCAGAAUUGGUCUGUGAA